CCGGCGCCGGUGGUCGCGACUGCUCCUCACAGCCCAACGUUCCACACGCGCGCGCGCCGAAUGUGCGGCUCUCCGGAAUUGCGUGCUGCUUGCCGGGCGAUUCCGGGCAGGCUCCUCUCGGUCGAAUCCAGCGUGCACGGUCGCCCUCACUCGCGGCGGGCGACGGCUACGACAACAAACACGGGGUCGUGAGUGCCCCCGGCGCUGACGCUGCACGCCUGUUCGUCCGGUCUCUGUACUCACGUCUAUGUUGUUCAUGAUUGGAGCCAUACGACUGGGAUACGCUGGCAUCGUGCACUCUACUACCGCCGCCACGGCUAUUUGGAUGCUCUUGUGCGUCUUCGCAAUCCAGACGGUGAGUGGUGUGCAGAUCGUGCGGUUAUCUGUGCCCAUGUGGGUCGAGAACGGCACCGAGGACUCAGUUUUGUUGGAUUGCGAGUACGCCUACACUGAGCGCGACGACUCACAGCUGGUGGUUAAGUGGUUCCUGAACGACGACCCAAAGCCCAUCUACCAGUGGAUACCCGAGCUGGAAACGCGCCACGUCUCCCAGAGGCUGAAGGGACGCCUGAACACCGACUUCACGGUCACCGCGAACCACUUCACAAAGUUCCGCGCUCUCAACCUGUUGCGACCGACCACCGAGCUGAGCGGCCGGUACUCGUGUCACGUGACCUCGCACAGUAACCAGGACCAAAGGUCGCAACUCAUGACCGUCUAUGCACGUCCGAAGCACUUCGUCUUCAACUUCUCUCGAGCCAGCGAGGAGUCGGCGACGACGUUCGUGUGCGAGGCAACCGGUGCAUUUCCUUUGCCCACGUUGUCGCUGUAUCAGCUAGAUGAGGAAUCGUCAGCGUCCCCGCAGCGGCGGCACGCCCUCGCCCCAACGCAACGGGUGACCCCCCGGCAGGACGGAUCCUACGUCACUCGCGUCUCCAGCCAAGUGCCGGACGAACAGUUCUCGCGCUCGGGUCGGCACUUGUUCGUGUGCCUGCUCUCCAUACCCGGCACGGACUUCAAGAAGCAGCGACUCAUCGAGUUCUAUCCAGAAUACUACACAGACAGCGCUACUUGCCGAGGGAUCAACUGGUUUGUCGCACUCGCCAUGUCUUCACUUAUCUGGGCCUUUCGAUAAUAUGGAGGAGGGUCCACCUACGAGCUUCUGGUGAUCUUCUGUGGAGACCAGGUCAACUUCGCUCGGAAAUUAUCCAGUGCCCGGAUCACAAGAAGAAAAAAGAGAGGCGCUGGAUGGUUCUAUCGCAUGAAAACCAAACGGCAGUCAAGCGUUGUCAUGGAACCUCUUCAAAUUUAGAGACACCUCAUCCUGCACUGUUCACUCCUGGUCUAGACGAAGGCUAAUAACGUUGCAAGAGAAAAACCGACGAAAUAGAAAUUGCUGCAUUGGAAGAAUUAUCAACGCACUCGCUAUUAUUUGCUUUUAAUUUCUCGUCCGUCACUUCUACGAAAUGUUUCGCAGGAUAUAAGCUGAGAAUAUAAUAAUACGGCUCUGUAAAUACCAUAGCUCCUUGUUAAAAUGAGAAAGAGUAUGCACAGGUGAAAAUAAAGAUAUUGUAUUUAUGAA